AUGAGCCAAUUGCCAGAGACUAUGAAAGCAGUUGUCUACCAUGGUCCAUAUGAUGUGCGCUUGGAAGAUCAUGCCACUCCCAAGAUUGAAGCUUCUACAGAUGUCAUAUUAAAAGUACAUUAUUCUGGAUUGUGUGGCACUGAUUUACAUGCAUAUAGAGGUCACAUCAAAGGACCAGUCAAUAUGAUAAUUGGCCACGAGUUUGUUGGAGAGAUUGUUUCCAAAGGUGAUAACAUAUCACAGUUUGAUAUUGGUGACUUGGUUGUUAGUGCAUUCACUAUUCAAUGUGGCCAGUGUUGGCAUUGCAAGCACGGGUUUUCAGGAAAUUGCAGCAAAACAAAUACUUUUGGUAAGAUUGGACUUGAUGGUGGGCAAGCUGAGUACGUACGGGUGCCAUAUGCAGAGAAUACGAUAAUCAAACUCCCAUCCGAAGCAGUUUCAAACCCUGCAGAUGCUGCAUUGUAUGUGUUGAUGGCAGAUAUUUUUAUUACUGGUUAUUACGGCGUCAAAAAGAUUAUGGAUUUUCUAACCAUUCCUACGGCAAAAGGUAUAAAAUCGCAGUCUUUUGAAGACUGCUCUAUUUUGCAGAUAGGCGCCGGUCCCGUUGGAUUAUGUGCAUUGCGUGUACUCAAACACUUUGGCUUUAAACAUAUUGUAGUUGUUGAUAGUAUCCCUUCGCGAUUAGCUGAAGCCAAAAGACUUGGUGCAUCUAAAGUUAUCAAUUUUGAAGAGGAUGAAGAUGCGUUGGAAGAUUAUAUCCAUGAUGAGCUAGAGCAAUUGGGAUUUGAUGCAGUUUUGGAAGUUGUUGGAGCUAAAGCUGCUCUACAAACAGCAGCAGACUCUGUACGAGCCAAUGGGUUUAUCUCGAGUUUGGGAAUGGGACAUGAAGAAUUACCAUUUAACGCAUUAGACUGCUAUUUGAUCAAUAUGAACAUUUCAUUUGGAAGGUGUCCGGCAUGGAGCUUAUUUCCCGAAGCACUUGAGAUAUUUAAUACCAUGAAGGAAAGCUUUAGUAACUUUGUAGAAUACAAAGCAAAAUUAUCGGAUGUCAAAGAGGCAUUUGAAUUGUUUGAUAAGCAUAAAGUUGGCAAGGUUGUUUUCGAUUUGACUAAUGGUCCUUGA